AAGGUUUCAUGAUUCCUAGUGGCGUCUUUAUGAUUUCCACUCUGAUGCUGAUGGAAACGUGAGCGGCGAAAGAAGCGCCACAAUUGAUCGAAGCGCUCCUCUAUAAAUGGCGAGUACCGGGAGGGAGCCUCAAGCAGUGCCUUGUCCCGGUUGAUUCGAGUCCCGUCCUCCGAUUUCGUGCAAGAAGAGAAGGGAAUCGAGCGAGAUGGCAGAGAAAGGAUCGGUGAUCGGGUGCCACACCAUCGCCCAGUGGAACCGGCACCUCCAACUCGCCAGCGAGUCCGGGAAGCUGGUGGUCGUAGAUUUCACUUCUUCAUGGUGUGGUCCUUGCCGUAUGAUUGCCCCGUUCUUCGCUGAGCUAGCUAAUAAGUUCACCGAUGCCAUCUUCCUAAGGGUGGACGUCAAUGAGCUGAAGAGGGUUGCCCUGGACUGUGCGAUCGAGACACUGCCAACCUUCAUCUUCCUGAGGCAGGGAAACAUUGUGGAUCGCGUUGUUGGUGCUCGUAAAGAUCUGUUGCCGAAGAAGAUUGAGCUCCACAUGAGGAACUGAAUGCUCGCUUGCAGUAUUAGUGUCGGUGUUGGGUCGUGAACUCGGAGAUUUUGUGGGGUUAGAAUAAACAUAUGUACUGAAUUCCAUCGGUUCAUGAUUAUAUUAACUAUUGAAUAAACUAGUCUUUCAUCUA